UUGAUUUAGCAGGAUGCUACGUGUUGGAGUAAUUGUUAGCUAGCACACAUAUUUCUAUUUUUCGUCUCUAAAAGCAAUGUUCGUGCGCUUCUAAACAACUUUCACUCAUUUCGCGUGUCUUGAGGAAUACUGUAAGGAAUGUAUCGGCGCGGGGGGAGCAAGAAGGAUAAUACUAAGCCAGCUAAAGAGCAAAGCGACAGCAGCAAGUAUGCGGAGCUGCUGGUGUUCGGCUACGCCUGCAAGCUGUACCGGGACGAUGAGAGGGCUGUCUACCACGAACAACGCAAACACCUUAUCCCAUGGAUGGGGGACAAGACCAUCAUGAUCGAUAGGUACGAUGGCCGCGGUCAUUUACAUGACCUUUCAGAUUACGACGCUGGCUCGUGGAAUUGCGACUACAAGUUGUCGGAGGAAGAGGCCAGGAUCGAGGCUUUAUGCGAUGAGGAGCGGUAUCUGGCCAUGAACACAGAUCUCCUGGAAGAAGAGGCCAGGCAAGAGGAAGAGUAUAAAAGGCUGAGCGAGGCUUUAGCUGAUGAAGGCACCUACAACGCGGUGGCCUUUCGGUACAGCGCCGACUACUAUGACCCGUCCCAGCCCACAGAGGAAGAUGAAGCCAACAAAGGAACAGAUCAAGAGCCACAAGAGGAAGAGAUCGAGGAGCCGUUUGUGGCGCCCCCUGGCCUUGUCAUUCCUUCAGACGUAGAGCUGCCGGCGACCACCAAGACGCAUGCCAUUAUUGAGCGCACCGCCAAUUUUGUGUGCAAGCAGGGGGCUCAACUUGAAAUUGUGCUCAAGGCGAAGCAAGCAAGGAAUUCCCAGUUUGAUUUCCUGCGGUUCGACCAUUACCUGAACCCUUACUACAAACACAUUCUAAAAGCCAUGAAGGAGGGAAGAUACACGCCGGCAUCUGAGAGCAAACAGGAUCAGCAGCAACAGGACUCAAAAUCGGACGACUCGGAUUAUGACGAUGACGGAGACGGAAACUAUCUCCACCCAAGUUUAUUUGCCUCUAAGAAGAGCUCUCGUCUGGAGGAGAUAAUAAAGCCUCUGCAGGUCAUCGACCCAGAUCACCCUUUGGCAGUGCUGGUUCGAAAAGCCCAACAAGAGAGGAAUGGUGCUGCAGUCAUGGCAACCAAAAUCGAGGAAGAGCAUCAACCUUCAACGAUAGCCACGCAGGCAGAAUACACCUCUGACCCUAAUGUCGCAGCAAUGUACUACGGGUACUGUAUGCUGCCCGACGGUACGUACUGUCUGGCCCCGCCCCCUCCUGGGAUCGAUGCCAGCGUCUAUUACACCUCGAUGUCCACUAGCACAAUGCCAACACCUUCCGUGUCCAGUCCUCCCCCUCCACCUGGCACCGUACCUUUCUUGGAUCCUGCGGCCGCAAUCCCAUCAGCCCCUGCCACAGUUCCUGUCACAGUGACGGCUCCUGCCUCGCUCUACAAUUCCGCCCCUGCGGACCCUCCUACGUCCAGCUCUCGGCCUCAACAAACCACCAGCGCCCCGCCAUCGACCGCAGCCACCCCUGUCGCUGCCAUCAUCCCCCCACCUCCCGACAUCCAGCCUGUCAUUGACAAACUAGCCGAGUACGUGGCCAGAAAUGGGGUGAAAUUCGAGACCAGCGUGCGUGCCAAAAACGAUCCCCGAUUUGACUUCCUGCAGUCCUGGCACCAGUACAACUCCUAUUAUGAGUUUAAGAAGCACUACUUCAUGCAAAAAGAAGGCUUAAGUGGGCAGGAGGGUUCCGUGGUUUGCAGCGGCGGGGGGGAAAGCGCUUCCGACAGCUCUUCUGACAAGCAGCUGAACGACGGAAAGCUCCUUAAAGCAUCCUUUGCCCCCAUCUGCUUCGCCAUAAAGUCAAAAGAAACCGACAUGCUGCCGCUGGAGAAGAACCGUGUGCGGCUGGACGACGACUCUGAUGAGGACGGGAUAAAGGCGGAGGGCCAAGAGGGGGCGGAGUUGAUGAUGGGAUUGGUUGAAGCAGCCAGAAACCUUCCUCAGCCGGUUUUUGAGGAGAAGAAACCAACACUCUCCCAGGAAGAGCUAGAUGCCAAACAAGCUAAGCAGAAGUUGGAGGACCGGUUGUCUGCAGCAGCGCGUGAGAAACUGGCCCAGGCGUCUAAAGAGUCUAAGGAGAGACAGCUUCAGGCUGAACGCAAGAGGAAAGCUGCCCUCUUUCUGCAGACUCUACGUGGACCUGAGGCCGAAUCGAAGCGACCGGAUGUAACUCCACCUGAGCCGCUGGUGUCCGCUCUUCCCAGAAGCACUCACAAGGCGACCCGCAAACCAAGGUUCGACUACCAGGAAACCACACAGACGAGAAGCGUGGAUGGGAAGGCUUCUCACCUGACCACCUCCUCGAGUUCGUCACGUGGGCCUGACAGAGAUCGAGAACGGGAUAAGAAGAAGAAGAAACACAAGAGAAGGUCAAGGUCCAGGUCCAGGUCUCGUUCGUGCUCCAGAUCGAAAUCGACCACCAAGCACUCUUUGCCCAGUGCCUACCGAAGCUACAGGAGAUCCAGGUCCCAAUCUCGUUCCCCCAGCCGAAGAGAUCGUCGAGCUCACUCAUCAGAAAGAAAACGUGAGGAGAAGAAAGAGAAGGAGAGCUAUGGUUCAAGUGCCUAUCGCCUUGGCAGCAACCCACGCCGGAGACGAUCCAGAUCAAGAUCGCCUCAUGAUAAGAGGAAGAAAAGUUCAAAGUCAUCGCACCGUUUGAAGGGUUCUUCAUGUUCGCCCUCGGCAUCCCCUGACAGAGGCGGAGCGAUGAUCCGAGUCUCUGCAAGCCCCUCCCCUGCCGCAAGCCCCACCUCCAGCCUGGGGAGGUCGAGGGAUGGAUCUCAGGAGAAAGACAAGCCAGUACCACCGACUAUUGUCUCUGCAGUGCAAACCAGAAUCACUCAGGACCUCAUGGCUAAAGUUCGGGCGAUGCUGGCUGCCUCCAAAGGCCUUGAGCCGAACUCCUCCUGAAAGAGUUCAAGCCGUGCUGAGCGCAGCAGCAACAGCCUUGUGGUCAGCUUUUGGAUUACACCUCGCCCGACAAGAUACACGGUGCUGGGCUGGAUGUUUUUAUCCUUUUACGUUUGCCUCUUUGGACCUUGUGUUUGUAAGAUGUUUAUAUUUUCCUCCAGAUUAGCAUUAAGCGUGGAGGUUCCCUUUAUAUUUAAGGUGGAGAUGGGCCACAUGGUGGAACCCAAGCAGGUGUGGAGCGAAAAAUCCGAGCAACAGAUGGGCGGAACUAUGACCUGCUGUUUGUUUUAGCGGCAGAGAGACGAUAAGAAAGAGAUAUUAAAGCCGUCGAGGUGUAAUUCCUUUGAUGCAACUAAAAACAAAUUUACAUAUCGCCUAAACUGAUGACUGCGCUGUUUCCUUUGUAAUACGGCUUCUGCCGGAGGGGCUUCGUAACAUCCUUCUGUGAAGGAUAAUGAUGUUUAUUUUCUCAUUCUCUUUCGAUUCCUCACCCCACACCCCCUCCUGAAACUUUCUCAGUGGGUUUUGAAGACGUGGCCUUUGCUUUUUCGUUUCUAAGUUUGUACAGGCCUGAUUUGCAGCUGCUUUGUAACAUUCGACUGUCAAUAAAGUUUGAAAUAUCAAACGUG